AUGGGGCAGGAUGGGGCGCUUAAAACUCAUGACAUGGUGCAGGAAACAGAGAACGGAAAAAUGGGGAUGGAUGGUUGCAGCAGGUUAAGGUCAUUUGACCUUAACCAAGAACCUGAGUGUGACCGAGACACAUUCAUUGAAGAAAUCGGUGGUUCAAUAGGAGGACACGAAGAUGAGGAGGCAGAUGAAUUGGUGGGCGCAAUAGGCAUGGAUGACGUAAUGAAAUUAACAUUUGACACGGAAGAAGAAGCUGGGGAAUUCUAUAAUUUGUAUGCGAAACUAAGCGGAUUUGGGAUUCGUAAAAGUAAUGCCAAACAAGAUGCAGAUGGCAUUUCAAGAUUUAGAAAAUGGGUAUGUUGCUGUGAAGGUUAUAGGAAUGAAAAGUGGUUUAAUUAUGAAGACCGGAAAAGAGAAACAAAACCAAUCACAAGAACCGGGUGUGGGGCUCGCUUUCGCGUGAAAUAUGACAUAGAAUCGGUAAAGUAUGUGGUGACACGUUUCAUUAUGGAGCACAAUCACCCGCUGGCAUCAGAGGCAAGUGUGCAACACAUUAGGUGGCAUAGAAAAGUGAACGAUGCAGAAUAUGCGCAGGCAAAAAGUCUAAAGUUGGCUGGGACUAGAAUAUGCCAGAUAAUGAAACAUUUUGUUAUCAAACCCGGAGGGUAUAGUAACGUGGGAUUUUGCAUUAAAGAUCUGUAUAACCGAAUGGACGAGGAACGUAGAAAAGAUAUUUUUAAUGGCGAUGCAGAAGGGGCACUUGGGUUCUUGGCAGCGAAGAAGGAUGCCGAUGACAUGUUCUUUUAUAAAUAUCAUGUAGAUAACGAAGGAAGAUUGGCAAGGUUGUUUUGGGCAGAUUCUAAAUCUCGUGCGGACUUCAGUGUAUUUGGAGAUGUAUUGGUAUUUGAUACAACAUACAAAACAAAUAAAUACCGCAAGCCACUAGUUGUACUUGCAGGGGUAAACAACCAUUUGAACAGUACUGUUUUUGGCUGUGCACUGCUAUCAGAUGAGAGGAUUGAAACAUAUGAAUGGGUGCUAAGUACAUUUGUAGAGACUAUGAAAGGUAGAAGGCCAGUAGCAGUGAUGACGAAAUGCAUGCUUCUGGGUUCCUGUUCAUUCCUUCUACCACCAUUACGUGAAACAUGUGAGCACAAGGAAUCCCCUUUGACUCGAAUUUCAUGCAAGAGCAUAUUAGCUUCUCCAUUGACCUAUCAUAAUCCACCCUCCAACUUAUUUCGUGUCCACCAUAUUUCGAGUAAUAAUAUGUACGACUCCCUCCAUCCUCGUUCCAGCCCUCAGAAAUUAGAAGUCCUUGCCUGUUCAAAUGCUUCCUCACCAUAA